UAAGCAGUAAAGCACUGAAUAUGAGAUUUCAGUCGGUUCGCGCAGUAUAUUAGUCGGAAUAACACAUUUACAGUAAAUACUUGCAUUCUUGAGACAAAUUCCUAACUGUUUAUUGAUGGUUUUUGAUUUUCUCUAAUGAUUUCACUCUCGCCAGAGUGCACAAGAUUUAGCUUUAGAACAUUAUAGUUACAAACUUCACCUGACUAUUCUCUGCACCAUUUGUGUAUUCUUUGGUUGAUACCAAGGUGCGAAGACGUAAUCGCCGAAAAAUAACACGUGAUCCCACUAUAUCUGUAAGAAUAUUUAGUGAUUUUACAAUUGGCAUGAGUAAGAGAGUCCUUUCCAAUGCAUUGCCAGAAGUAUUGAGAAGUAUUAGUACUUGCCAAACAGCUCGUUUCAAGAUGGGCUGCUAUUCUCAAAUCCAUUCAAAAGCUGCAACAUUAGGUACGGAAAUUGACUUACAGAAGAAAACAAAAAGACAAGAUGUAACAAAAUUAUAUCCUAAAUUAUCUGAUCGGGUUAUUAAGGGGUUGGAAACUGUAUCCAGUUUUCAUAUAACUAAUUCUGCAAUAUCAUGGGCCAAAAUGUCUUGCACAAGGAAGCUUUUGGAAUGGGAAGUGAAACAAAUAGUCCAAGAAACAGAUAAAGUACAUCUUAUGACAGUUUAUAAGACGAUUCUUCAAAUUACUAAUUGCCUUCCAAAAUCCAAUGUGUAUGUUCUUGAAGAGAUGAGCAAAUCUAGACAGUCUACCUCGGGAGCUUUUAUUGCAAAUGUGUCCAUGUUGCAGUUCAGAGCAAUCUUGUUAGCGUUUCUGAAUGGGUUUGAAAUACCUUCUGAGGGAUCUGAAGAAGGUUUCAACAAAGUAUAUUUUCUUCAGUUUCAAGUUGCUGCCAGGUUGUCAUCAACACUUGUAGGAAGGGAAAAAGUUGCAGUUGAGCAGACUGUAAUGAACAUUGUUAACAUCCCUGGACAUACAGGAACUUGUCCUCAGUAUUCUCCUAUUGAUGUUGAUUGGACUCUGAAACAAAAAUACUUGUCACAAGAAAGUGUAGAAAAAGAAAAUAUGGGUCAAGCAUUGUUGUUGGUUAUGGCAUUUAUGGAUCUUCUUAUUAGUAAAAGACAGCAAUCUAUAAAUCACAUUAGAAAAAUUAACUGAAAGGGUGCAGUGUUUCUCAAUAAAUAUUUAUUUGAAAUUUUAAUAUGGAAUGUUUCCUUGAAGUACAUCACACACUAUUCUUUUAGAUCUGCCCUAUAAUGAAGACCAAUUUUUUUAAUUUGCUUUAGGAAAUUGAAACUUUUAUUUUCUAGUCAACUAUUUAUUGAACUAAUAAUAAAAAAGGAGAAGAGACAGCUUGUGAUUAAUUUAUUAUUGUUACAAAGGGAUUCAAAAGUGAACUCAAAGCCUUUUUCAGAAGGCUGCAAUGUUUAUUAUUUUGAAGUUGUUGAAACCAGGAGUUACAAUGAAAUACAUAAUAAUAAAAACAAUCUCAAUACAAUUUGAUUUGUUUAGAACAUUCUACAUCUUGCUACUUGCUUCAUUACAUUUACAAGUGAAAUAUGAUGUUUGACACAUUAAUAUUUAUUAGAAAGACAAUUUGUUGAAUUGAAAUGGUUUCUACUAAACUGUUGAAAGGCUUCAUCAUGGAACAAAAUUAUUUCUAAGACACAGGUUUUCUUACUUUUUCAGUAUUUGUCAAAAUUGGAACACUUUUUAUAUUACUAUAAAUGUUAAACAAAAAAUUCUAUAAAACUAUCCAAGAACAUUCAUAAAUCACUUUCAAUGUAGAGCAUUUGCAAAAAUUCCAUGAAGUAGAACAUAGUGGAAAACAAAUUUAGUUAAAAUCGUGGAUCAUUACUGAAUAAUACUAAUAUUAGAAAGAAGUGGGAAAAUUAAUGAUAUGGUAUGAUUUAAAUAGACAUAUCACGGGAAAAUUUGUUUCUGAUUGUUCGGAUAACUUUCUAAAAUGAAAUCUCAGUUUUCUCAGGGCUCUAAACAAGAAGAGUGCUUCGUAAUUUUGUUUGUUCUGUUUUCUACAUUCUACAAAAUUUUUGGAGAAUGAGUAAGAAGACCAUUUACAAUAUCCAAUAUUUUGAAUGUCUUAGAAAUAAUUGCUCUAUUAUAAUUGAUGGGAAAUAUUGUUCAUGUAAAAUUUUUAGUGAUCUGAUAAACAAAGGAUGUUUUAUCAAAAAUGAGGAGCAUUACACAAAUUUUCUUAAUAUCAUUUUGACAAUAUCACUAUACACAGAAAUUUUGUAAUCAUUCGCAAAAUUCUCCAGUAAAGAACAUAACUAGUAAUCUCGUUUCAUUUAAGCAGCAUGAAAGGAAGUAUAUAAAAUAUAUAUUUGCAAUAGGAACUUUUAAAUAAUUCAAUAUGUAUUAAAAAUGCAGAGGAUAAGUAAAAACCAUGUUGGACAUAAAAUAAUUAUUGAACUGUUCUCUUCCCAACUACAACUGAACUCCUUACACAACCAAUGCAAUAUAAGAGAACUGAAAUUCCAGCUCUGAGAAAACCAGAACUACUGAUUGACGUUUAAAGUAGAGGGGAAGAAAAUACAGUGAGAAAAUUUAUUUUAGGCUGUCUUGAUUGUGGUUUUAAUGUUAUGUGAAGAAUAUGCAAGCAAAAUUUAAGUUCAAUAUGUAACUAUAUUGAGAAAACACUGAAGAUGAAAAUGAGUGAUAUUUCAUGUUUCCAAAUAAGAACUUAACACAUUCAGUUCCUUGGCUGCUUGCUUACAGGGUGAAGAUAUCUUUAAUUAAAAUAAAUUUGGAAAGAAACCUUGUAUACUCAAGAAAUUUAUUUUGAGUUGUAAGACUGGUCUGCUCUCAGAUAUAUUUCUAAUAGUUCGUUACACAAAGAAAAGUACAAAGUGGGUAUUCUGCAUCUAAAUAACUGACAAAUAAAAGUAAAUUUGUUUUAUUUCCACUAAUUUUUUCACAAUAAUGUGAUGGCAAGAUGAGACAAUACUGAUUGACCUCAGUGGCCUUCUUGAAUUAUUUAUAGGCUAGGACAAUUUUAAAACAGCAUUAUGGAAACGAGACUUGUAGAGGUAUAGGUGUAUAACACGGUCAUUGGAGAUUGUCUUGGUUGGUUACAAAUUUACAAAAUAAUAGUAUUUUACAUAGAUGUUUGCAUUGAAACAGAAUGAGAUGGUAGAUACUUAUGAAUUAACAUAGAAAUCUUCCGUGAGAGAAAUUGUACGAUAUUGAAAAUUUCACUAGUAUUUCAAGACAAAACGUAUAUGUACUAUACCAGGAAGAUGAUAUUAAUUUAAUAUUCAACAUAAAUUUAUUGUUAAGGUAAUGAAAGUUUAAAAGAUCACUCUUUUUAUGUCAGAUGAGUUACCAUCUCAUUUUCACUCAAUGCCCUAUCACUUCCAAUGUUUUAUCAGAAGAUGUUUGGGGUACCAUCUAUGAAUGCCAAAAAUGUUUCUUCUACUGAAUAAAACACCCGAUGUAAACACUGAAACAAGCUUUAAGACAAAUAACAAAGAAUAAAAGCAAGUCCCUGUGCAGCAUUGCUGGUCACUACUCGUAACUGCAAUUUUUUUAAAAAUGGGGACUCCACUUCCACAUGAUAAAAGGUUAAACCUCAGAAUUCACUUGUUUACACUUCAAUACAAAUAAAAUUGCAACAGUCUUUUUGCUUUGCUAAAUAAUUACUGAGAUUUGCUUCCUGCAUUCAUUGUUACUGAAUUAUGUACUUCAUCACUGACAGGAACUUUUAUUGAACUGUUUUAUUACAGUUCAACAAUGCAUAGGAACAUCACAAAAGUGGGAAAUGGAAUUAUAGUUGAAUAUGUAAUUGUUUAUGUAAAAAUUUCUUGCAAGUAGUAUGAUUAAAUAAGAUACAUUUAUCUAAACUAAAAACAUUUUAAAAAUUAAAAGUACUCAAAAAAUGACUAACAAUUUACAAAUCUCAGAUCAUUAUUUGAGAACUGUAUUCUACAGAAGACUGAUUGGACAGUGUUACCUCUGAACUUUCGACUAGGUUAUACACAGAUGUAUUCUAGCUGCCUCUCCAGAUCUAAUGACAUCAUGAUCCUACUGCCAAUCUCCCAACAUGUCACAACAGUUCCAUUCAUGCCCGAGCCAUUUUGUCUUAUUUUAGACAACCUUCAUAUUACAGCAUUUUAUACUAUAGUAUUUGAGUUGAAUGUCGUGACAAGGCUGAGCAAUAUUUGGAUGCUUGUUUAUUCUAAAUUCCGAACAACCAGCAUCCAGUACAAGGUUUCUGUAGCUUUUCCUCUGUUCUUACUCCUGUCAUGUCGAUGACAAGAGUAACCUAGUAAAAGAUAUAUUCACAGAGUACAUUACAAAAUAGAUCAGAAUUGACAAAUUUUACAAUUGGCACUAUCAGAAAUAUUAUUGUGACCCACAUUGGGAAAAAAACAUUUUAUAUUUUUAUUAACAUACAUUGUCAAGGGCACUAGAAUGAUUGUAUAACCUAGUAAAGCAAGUAUAAUUGAACAAGAAUUGGGACAUACCCACAGCGUAGAUGAAUGUUGGAUUGACAGCUCCCAAGUUCAAGUACAUAACAUAGUCAUAAGCCAAUAUACAGCUGGAUUUUCUUUUUUAAACAAUACAGUAUAAAGACACAUGUUUAUUUUCAAUAAAAUUAUUUUGAAUUAUAAUACAUUUACAACAACAGACACAAGGUGGAGCAUGUAAUCUAUAGUUUCAUAUAUAUAUUAAAAAAAAAAAAUUACAAACAAAGCAAGUGCUUAACACAAAAUG